UUCGGGUUGGUGUUUGGGUCGAGCAGACACCUUUAGCAGAAGACCACACAAUGACAACCACAACAAUCGCGACGUCAGUGGGGAUGCAGCUGUUUUAAGCUUCGCGUGGCCAUGAAGGCCGUGGAACUCAGCAGGACUGCUACCUGAGAGACGCAAAUAGUUGAGUUGAACCUGCAGCCCGGUGUUUCGUGCGCGUUGAAUUUGUUCGAGGCAACACCAGGCGACGCCUUGGUUAGUGCUCCAUUCAAGGACGUUUCAAUGGUCGCAGAUUCUCACAGUGCAAGGUGUCAACUAUGUCGAAAGCAUCCAAAACCUGCCCAAGGCCUAGAUCAGGUAUCCCCAAGCUAAGGCCAUCGAUCAGUUCAGAGCAGAAGAGGCGGUCAGCUCCCCCUGACGGUUUUGUCAACAACUUGGACGCUGUUUUUCGACAACAAAAUGAUGAUGACAAAUACCUUACUAAAAGAGUCAUUCUCCAUGCAAGAAAGACUGGACAACUCAACUUGGCAGGGAAGGGACUUGCUACUGUUCCUGCGCGAGUUUGGGCACUAGAAGAGGCAGAAGAAGAAAUCAAAAGAAUUGAUCAAACAUUUUUGAAGUCUGAACUAGAUGAGCACACUGAAGACGAGGAAGCUGAUGUCCGAUGGUGGGAGAAAAAGGCUCUUGCUCUGUUAGAUCUCAGCUGCAACCAUAUUGCCAUUAUACCAGCUGAUAUUAAAAAGUUAGAGUUUCUGACAACUCUUGAUCUUCAUGAUAAUAACAUUGGAGUUCUGCCUGAAGAAAUUGGUAGUCUUGGCCGUCUCGAAAAACUGGACCUAAGCCACAAUAAGCUUAAAAAACUGCCUAAAAGCUUCUAUGACCUGGGAGAACUUAGAGUUCUCUCCCUUGCCCAUAAUAAAAUUGAUGAACUCUCAGAAGACUUGGGCAAUCUCUAUCGACUGGAAUCUAUUGACAUAUCACACAAUGAGCUGUCAUCCAUACCUCUCGGUAUUGGAUUUCUCACCGCUUUAUUAAAACUAGAUGCAUCCCACAAUCAUUUGACAGAGGUACCACCAGAACUGUCCGGCCUUAUGGGACUUACCCAGCUGAUAUUAAGCCACAAUGAGCUUGGUAGUGUGCCUCCUCUCGGUGAACUGCGUAAACUCCAGCUUCUUCAUUUGCAAGACAACCGCUUGGAAACAAUGCCUGAUGUGGCGACAUGUUCAUGUCUUCGUGAGUUAAGCCUCUCAGCCAAUCAAAUCAGUGAGAUCUAUGGGGAAAUGCUUCAUCACUUGGGCCACUUGCGAGUCCUCAAUUUGCGAGAAAAUAAGAUCGAACUAAUUCCAGAGGAAAUGACUCACAUGCAAGGACUGGUGCGAUUAGACUUGGCCAACAACAACAUAGAAGACGUGCCGUCGUGCAUCGGUUUCUUGCCCCAGCUCCAGAUUCUGGCUCUGGAAGGCAACCCCCUGAAAAAGAUCCGGCAAGACAUGCUGCACUGCGGGUCGGCGCGACUGCUUCGCAUGCUGCGCGGCCAGUCCGACCCGAACCAGCAGUCGCCUCGCGCCAAGGUCAACCUGCCUCGCCAGGAGAAGUCUGCCCUGCCGGACAAGUAUCGCAUGAGAGGGAGCCGAGCCUUGAGUCUGGGCAUGCAGGGGCUGAAGGAGGUCCCGGAGGCCCUGUUCGACGACGCCGCGGAGGCCGAGGUGGAGUCGGUGGACCUGUGCAAGAACCUGCUGACGGCUGUGCCCCCGAAGCUGACCGUGCUGGCCGGCACGCUGACGGAGCUGAACCUGAGCGACAACCGCCUGGCCGCCAUCCCGGACGGCGUGCUGGGCGCGUGCAAGAAGCUGCACUACAUCGAUCUGCAGCAGAACGCGCUGUCCGCCCUGCCCGCCGACCUGGCGGACCUGACGCACCUGCGCGAGAUCAACAUCGCCUACAACAAGUUCACCGAGCUGCCCAAGGUGCUGGAGGGCAUGCCGGGGCUGGAGAUCGUGAACGCGCGCGACAACAAGGUGACCGUGGUGGACGCGCUGCUGCUGGCGACGCUGCCGCGGCUGGCCGUGCUGGACCUGACCAACAACGACAUCAACCAGGUGCCGCCCGAGCUGGGGCUGCUGUCGGGGCUGCGCGCGCUCAGCCUGGAGGGGAACACGUUCCGCAUCCCGCGCCACGAGGUGCUGGCCAAGGGCACGGCCUGCGUGCUCGGCUACCUCCGCGACCGCAUCCCCGCCGAGGAGCUGGCCGCGCUCAGGGCCAGGCUGGCCGCCGCCGCGGGCACGGCCUCGGGGACGGCGCCGGGCAUGCUCGUCGACCCGCCGCGCCAGAACAGCUACACGUCGCACAUCGUGUUCUAGCGACGCCGUCGAGGUGCGUCCACUUUAAUUUGGACCCGAAAACGCGCGAGACGUUUGCCUGGUGACCGCGAGGCCCGCGACGUCAGGUCGAGGGCCUCGCAGCCACGAGCUCACAGACAGCCUUAAAGAAGGCGCCUUCCAAGCGGCGGAGUUGCUAUAAGGUCACGCUGCAAACAAAAACAAAACAAAAAAGUUACUCGGGUCAUGGGAGUUCAAGUCACAUGAAUAGUUCUGUUAAUCACCCAUGCUGAUGCACUUCGUACCUGCUAUACCUGCUCAGGAAAUAUGCUUUGCCUAUUUUAGCUUGGAAUCCCCGUAAUCCACUCGUGUGGUGUGUCAUGACUUUGUUUGAAAUGUCAAAAUACUGUACCUCUAGUCCUCUUUUUAUGUAUACACCAUAACACUGGCCUCCAAUACGGCUGAAUGUGAAUGUUUAAACUGCAAAUGAUUUUUAUUUUGCACUGUAUUCCAAAAGAAAAUAAGCCGAUAUGUUGCUGUAGGAGUUUUUUUUGCGUUAGUUGUAUGGUUUUCUUCAGCCGAACCGUACGAGAACCCAAAUGAUAUUUUAUUGAGCGCCGCAACCUGUUGACAACAAUUUGUACCUGAAUUUCGUUGCACUACAGAUGCUAACCUGUCACCACGCGACAGAGAGACAACCUUUACGCGCAGCCCGUUCGACGUGAACGGUGUCUGUGUAGCUUUCCCUUUCUCGUUGAAAAGAAAAGUACUUCACAGAGUGUGGUCCAAAGAAAUAAACGUGUAGUUCGCAUUUGAUGUGCAGCUGGUGCCAAUAAGUAUAUAGCAAGUUUUUAAAAGAAAAAAACAAAUUAGUAGAUUUUUGAAAAGGAAAAAGACAGUUCCUCCCUACUCACGUACAAACCCAAUAGGGAUAGAAUAGAGUCUAUUUUCUUUUUCUGUUAUCGCCGUGUUUAGAAAUUCGUCUUGUAUUUUUAAGGUCGACUUUUUACCAUGUCGUAUGGGUGCUGGUAUAAAAAGAUAUUAUUCUAUUGUUUUUAUUUUUUGUUUGUUUUUUACUCGUUUUUUUUUGUCUUGCUUUUUAGUUGUGAUUAUUUUAGUUACCAACGUUAGUACAAAUAUUAUUUUGCUUCAAUUUAGGCUUCUUAUGUUUAUUACUUUUAUGUUUGCUUUAGUUUUUCCUUAGCUGUAAGGAAAUGAUGAAGGAGUGGUGCUAUGAUUCAGUAUUCUAGAACACAUUGGAUGUUAAUCGGAGUGAUGAUACUGUGAUUGAUGGAGCUGAAGGGAGAUUGAAUGAGCCCGUUUUGUGGACUGAGGUUCGUACCCGGCACUUUUUAUGUUGUCAAUUUUCACGUUUUAUCGAUAUUCUUCUUGUGUCUUUCUCUGUGGAAUUCCGCAACUUGCUUUUUAGUCAUUAUCUAGUACCGCGUUUUUCCUAGUCAAGAGCAUAUCUGCUAACGGUGUACCUCAACGUUUACAUUUUAAGACCUACCUUUAUGCAUGCUUUACUAGUCUACUCCAGUACCUAGGGCACGGUUGUGGUUUUUUUGGGCUCUAUUUCCCGGUAGGCUUAUUUUACUGUGUUUUAUUGUGGUGUGAUGGAAACCUACUGUACCCAUAGUUUUUUUCUAGUGUUUUUUAAUCACUGUACCUGGAAAAUGUCAUCUUUGAUUAUGAUUCUGUCGAAUUAUAGAAAAAGGACACUUCA